AUGUGCUGCUCCUGGUUCAGAUUGCAGCUCGAGGAAAUAACGUUUUCUCCCGAAAAUAUUCUACAGCCAGUUGACGCCGCCAUGCCAGAAUUUCGCUUGAUAAACUCAUGUAAUGGUCUGCUUUGUUUUGGAGCUAAUGAAGGCUUUCUCCUGUUUGUGUGCAACCCUGUUUUGGGGGAGUACAUCACCAUUCCACCUGCUAAUAGAAACGACAAGUGGCUUAUUGUUGGACUUGGUUUUUGCAUUGGGACCAAUGUGUACAAGGUGUUUCAGUUGAACAACCCGGACACUGAGGCUGAGAUUUACACCAUUGGCGCAGGAGGAGCAUGGAGAAGCAUUGGACCCCCUCCUCCUGGGGAUUUUAAUAACUUAUUGUUCAAUAAUUUUCUUCAUGGAGCUGUUCAUUGGAUUCCCUAUGGUGGUAGAAGUACAAGUUCCCAGGUUAUACAAUCUUUCGACUUUGAAAGAGAACAAUUUCGGCCAUUAUCACUACCUAGUUUGCUAGCAAAGAAUGAAUUUCUGUAUAGUUUGACAUUGGAAGUGCUAGGCGGAAACAAAAUAGAAUUUUUAUUUUAA